AGACAUAUCACCCGGCGGUCGUGGCUUCAGAAUUCCAUACCCUCAGCGGUAUAAUCGAGAAUAGAUACAGAUACGAGCAAGGCUUAUAGAUGAGAUACAGUAGUCCUCAACCCCCGCUUGAUCACCGGCUUAUUCGAUUCCGGUGGACUUGAUUAUACGUGAUCGGCUGGUGAUUGGCUUCUUGCUUUUUGCCAUUUAUUAGACUUAGAGACUCGAUACCUACUGGACCGAAACAUAUACGGCGAAACAGUACAAGAAGACAUACCUUCGUUAAAUCAUGGUUUCAAGAGACAAUUUUGAAUUACCUGCUCUCUCUCGCGCUACAAGCAAACGGUCCAGAUGCUCGAGUCGCCUAGCCCCUGAAGUCUCUUCACAUAAAUCAAGUUCUCGUCCUCCGCCAUACUUGUCCGCUGCCGGGUCUGAAAUAGGACGACGCUCAUCUCGCUCCUCUCGCCCUAGGGCCGAAAGCAGCGGUGAUGAUGGCGUUCGAAUGCUGCCAGCACGACCUCAAAGAGCACACCGAAGCUCCCACUCACGAGCCACUCAGGGAGAUGUGCCAGAAAUUAUGAACUCGAGGCUGAGGGCUGAAGAUAGACAUUCCUCACGUACGCCUAGCCACGGAGCAGUUCAUGGUCCUGACUAUGUUCCGCCGCGUGUACCGAUCCCAUCUUUAAACCGUGGCCCAUCUAUACUUGACCGCCCCCCUUUGCCUCCGGGUUCGUCUGCUUGGCGUCGUCAUGGUCCGAUCCCCUGGAGGGUAUUUCUAAACGGACCUCCGGCGGAAGGUCAAUCUUGGAGAACUACUCCCAGCAAUCUUGAUAGCCGCGGUCAGCAGCUGGGCCAGCGGACGGGCCAGCUCACAUGGGGAGUAAGCGCAACACCAAAUUAUUGGGGAGUACACCAUGACAACCCCAAGUCAUGGAUAGGGGGAGGUUCGGAUAGCAAAUGUGUAUGUUGGUGGCUUGUUGUUGCUGUUAUCCUUGGGACAGCAGUGGCUUUGGGGGUGUACUUCGGUACCAAACACUGAUGCGUCAGAGUCGAAGUAACAGGUCUCUUUUUGUCUGCUGAAGAACUUCUUAGCAUUCUAUGCUAUAAGUCGAGAUUUAUGAGGACCUAUAUCAUCUCAUGCCAUAUCAGCUCCUUAUGUCCCACCCCAGAGACUGUUUGAUUGAAAUUUUCUCUCCGCUUUUAACUUGUUCUCGCUGCAAGAGAUGAUCAUCCUUCACUACAAUCAUGGUCCUACCGGUGGAGAAUAUGAAUCAUUAUAUAUUCGGAAGGGAACGCCAUGGAGACACACAAUCAGCGGGAUACAGACACACCAUUUGUCCAAGAAAUAUUCAAUAUAUAUGGCAUUGUGCCCGCGAAUAUACUUCUGCCGGCUUUCGCCUUUACGCCGUAGCAGUCGUGGAGUUACUCGACGUUUAGUUAGAAUCAAUCAAACACCAUUCAAAUACCAACCCAAAUGCUUGUGCCGUGUCUUGGUUUGUUCCGUUGAAUUGUAAAUUUAUUUAAAACCCCGUAAUAU